AUGACUUCUUCAACAAACUCCGUUCUUCCAUGGCCUUAUACAGACAAAUGUCCACCUGUCGGUACUCUUCCGCAGACGGACACUAACACUUUACCAGCAUUAUUUCGUCCAUUAAAAGUACGCUCACUCAUUUUAAAAAACCGUCUGGUUGUUUCGCCUAUGUGUAUGUAUUCAUCUCAAAAUGGUUUCCUUAACGAUUGGCAUCUCGUUCAUUUGGGUCAAUUUGCUGUGGGGGGCGCUGCUCUUGUUAUACAAGAAGCAACAGCUGUACAACCGAAUGGAAGAAUCUCACCGUAUGAUGCUGGAUUAUGGAUGGACGAACAAAUGGAAAUGAUUAAGCGAAUCGUUCAGUUCAUUCACUCUCAAAACUGUGCUGCCGGCAUCCAACUUGCUCAUGCAGGACGUAAAGCUUCAACUAAAGCUCCUUUCCAUCAAACGCCUGGUGAUCGUAGUCAACCUGCUUAUGCAACAAAAGAAGAGGGUGGAUGGCCAGAUGAAGUUGUGGCUCCAAGUCCUUUGCCAUUUGCUGAAAACUACUGCAUUCCAAAGGAAAUGAGUCUUGAACAAAUUGAACAAUUUAAACAGGAUUUCAUCAAAAGUGUCGAGAGAUCAGACAAAUGCGGUUUCGAUGUUUUAGAAAUACAUGCUGCACAUGGUUAUCUUUUGACAGAAUUUCUCAGUCCAACGUCAAACAAAAGAAAAGAUCAAUAUGGAGGCACGUUUGAAAAUAGAGUUCGUCUUCUACUCGAACUCACGUCACUCGUUCGUCAAGCAUGGCCCUUAACGAAACCUCUUUCAGUUCGUUUAUCUUGCGAUGAAUGGGUCGGCAGUGAAGGUUGGACAAUGGACGAUACUCUUCGUCUAAUCCCUCAGCUCAUUGAACUUGGCGUCGAUAUUAUUGAUACAAGCUCAGGUGGUAACUCAUCAUCUCAACAACUUCCAGUACCAUUGAAACCUGGUUAUCAAGUUCCAUUUAGUGAAACAAUUAAAAACUCAAAGUAUGGAACCAAAAUAAUGACAGCACCUGUUGGACUUAUAGUUGAAGCAAAGCAAGCAAAUGAAAUUAUUGAACAGGAAUAUGGUGAUUUAGUCUUGAUGGCAAGAGAGUAUCUGAGAGAUCCACAUUUUCCUUUAAAAGCAGCUAAAGAGUUAGGAGUGAAAGAGUUAACUUGGCCACCGCAGUAUCAGCGUGCUAAAUAG